ACCAGGGGAACCUGUUACUAAAAUUUUUGGAUCCCACCACUGGUUACCCCAUGUCUCUAUGGGCGGUACGUCCCUGGCUCAGGUACACACUGUCCACGUGCCGAUUCCCCACGUGGAAGUUAGGCCCGAGUGAGAACUCACUGCACGCAAAGCCACCCUGUGGCUGUUGACCCAGCUAGCCCUUCAAGUUUCUUCCUACCCUGCUCUGCCUCUCCCUCGCGGGGAUUUCCUCACCCUGAAGGGCCCUUGUUCGUACUUUGGACUCCUGCGUUUCCCAGCACACACUCUCAGCCUCGAGGAGCUCAAAAACCAAACAAGGAAAUGGUUUUGCAGGACACAGCAAGGCUGCAAAUCUUCUCAGACCCCCCUCCCCCCUCCCCCCUCCACACACACACUCACUAAAAACAACAACAGACAUCCAAGUUGGCAGGAGCACCUUGGGGUGGAGUCAAGAGGAUGGUCCUGCUCGUGGCCUUUCAGAAGCAGCAGAGGGGUUGGAUCACGGAAGGGCUUCCCAGAGCUGUCCUGGGCAGGAAUGGGCCGCUUCCUGUCCAGAUGCUUCCCGAGGAGACCGGGCUGACACUUCUGUCUCCGCCCUUCUUGUGUGCCCAGCAGGAGCAUGACUUCCAUGUGACCACCAGGACACAGAGAGCCCUGGAUCCUGUGGAAGAGAACACCAUUGGCCGAAGGGUGACUGACUUCCAUCGGCACAAGGACAGACCCGCCCAGGGGCAAGCUAAGUCCCUGCAAGAACCACCUGUUAGGACUUGACAAUUAGAUCAGCAAAAUCAAAAUCUACCACGACCAUUGCUGAGUGGAUCCUUCUCACCACCAACCUGCACUGCUUGGAGAGAUCUUCAUCUCAUCUCCCUGAAACCAGGAGCAACAGAGUCCGUGCUCACCUGGAACGUGGCACCCAGCUGCUAGGAGCCCCGCCGUUCCCGACCUCGAGUGCUUGGCCAUGACCUCUUCCUCCCACUGGAAAUUCAAGUUGAUCUUUCUGGGGGACUUUGGUGUGGGGAAGACCACGCUCUUCCAUCGCAUCAGAACGGGGCGUUUCUUGGAGGGGGCGCACACCCUUGGCCAACACUUGGGCAUGUGCGAGAAGACCCUGCCGCUGAAACACAACCGGAGCAACCUCCAAGUCCAGAUCUCCCUGUGGGACACAGCCGGCGAAGAGCGCUUCCUGUCGCUGAGCAGCUGCUAUUACCGGGACACGGAUGCUGCGCUCCUGACCUACAGCCUCCAGAGCCCCCCUUCCUUUGACAGCCUCUCCCACUGGCUGUUUGUGGCCAGACAGUACUGCGUGGAUGCUGACAUCUUCUUGCUGGGCAACAAGAGUGAUCUGGCGAGCCGCAUCCCUGAGGAGAAGGUGGAGAGGUUUGCUACAGAACACACCACCUCCGGGAGGUUCAGAGUGUCGGCAAAGACAGGUGAGAACGUGGAUCGGUGCCUCCAAGAGGUGGUGCAGCACCUGCUCCUCAAGAAGGAGUUUCAGCGCAGCGGCCUCCAGACCCCGCUGCAAGAAGAGGGCUACUACAGCCGGUGUGGGUGCUGAGGGCAUCAGCCAGCAAAUCCCCUCCCUUCUGCGAGGAAGGAACCUCCUGCCUUCAUCUGACGAAGGCUUCCAGAACCCUGCUGAGGGACAUGAGAACUCCCUUCUGAUGGCUCUGGAGGUUCUCAACGGGCUUUCAGUGCUCCCAGUUGGCACAUAUCCUGCUAGGUGCUCAGAUUCCUGGUCUGCAAAGAGAGCUUUGCCAUUUGGGUAGCUGGGGGACGUCUCCGGCACAACGCUGACCCAUCUGUUGAUGCAGAGCAAAAUGUGUUGCCCAUGUGCCAUGAGUCUCUGGGGAACAGGAGAUUCUGAGGUGUUAAGAGGAUGUUGAGGUGUGUCUGGGAAGGGCCUGUACUUGUCCUGUUCAUGCUCGUGAUAUUUCUUCCAUACACUUCAAGAAUUCUCAGUGCUCACUGAUCCCUGGUCAGUUCUCCAAAGUGGAACACAUGAAGCUGCCUUCUGCUGAAUCAUAAGAACAUAAGAACUAGCCUGCUGGAUCAGAACAGAGUCCAUCUAGUCCAGCUCUCUGCUACUCACAGUGGCCCACCAGGUGCC